AUGCCAGACUAUACAACGCUAUUAGAGGAAGCAAAAUCAGCGGUAUCAGCCAAGGACUACCAAUUGGCUGAAUCCAAAUAUAAACAACUCAUCGUCAAUUCAACCAGCAUUGCUGGAACCCAUCCAACAGCAAAACAAUUACAACAACAAGAAUCAGCUAUAUUAGAAUUAGGGAAAAUCUACGAGUCACAACAAGAUGCAACUAAACUUGCCCAACUUUUAACUGAAUCCAAACAAUUAUUGGGACAUUUCGCCAAAUCAAAAACCGCCAAGAUUGUCAAAACCUUGAUUGAAAAUUUCGAUAAAAUUGAUAAUUCAUUAGAUUUACAAAUUGCUAGUUGUAAAGAAAGUAUUGAAUGGGCGGUUGAAAAUAAGUUAAGUUUCUUACGUCAAAACUUACAAUUGAAAUUGAGUGAUUUGCUUUAUGUUAAACACCAAUAUCAAGAAGCAUUGAAAUUAAUCACUGAUUUAUUGAGAGAAUAUAAGAAAUUGGAUGAUAAAUCCUCCCUUGUUGAAGUUCAAUUAUUGGAAUCGAAAAUCUAUCAUUCCUUACGUAAUAUCCCUAAAUCAAGAGCCGCUUUGACUAGCGCUAGAACUUCAGCUAAUUCGAUUUAUUGUCCAACUAUAUUACAAGCCGAAUUGAAUUGUCAAUCAGGGAUUUUGAAUUCAGAAGAUAAGGAUUAUAAAACAGCUUUCUCAUAUUUUUAUGAAAGUUUUGAAGGGUUUAAUAGUCAAGAAGACCCAAGAUCAAUCGUGGUUUUGAAAUAUAUGUUGUUGACUAAAGUCAUGUUGAAUUUAGUUGAUGAUAUCAAUAAUAUCUUGAAUAAUAAGAAUGUGACUAAGUAUAAAUCAAAAGACAUUGAUGCCAUGAAGGCAAUUGCAACUGCAUAUUCUAAUAGAUCCUUGAAGGAGUUUGAGAAUGCCUUAAUUACAUAUUCAACUGAAUUAAAAUCAGAUCCAAUUAUAAAGAAUCAUUUUAAUGCCUUGUAUGAUAAUUUAUUAGAACAGAAUUUAUUAAAGAUUAUUGAAUCUUAUAGUUGUGUUGAAUUAAGUCAUAUUUCAAAAGUUAUUGGGUUGAAUUUACAACAAGUUGAAGGAAAAUUAUCACAAAUGAUUUUAGAUAAGGUUUUCUACGGUGUUUUGGAUCAAGGUAAUGGAUGGUUAAUUAUUUAUGAUGAACCUAGGAAGGAUGCCGCAUAUGAGGCUUCUUUAGAGUUAGUUAAGAACUUGUCAAGUGUUGUUGACUUAUUAUACGAAAAAGCGUCUUCUUUAAAUUAG